CUCAGACCUUGCUGGACACACAAGUGCAGCGAGAAGUAGACAGAAAACUACUUCGAGGACCUGGGGACCGGUUGGAGGUGAAAGAUUAAAGAGGUGACAGGUAGUACCGAAACAUGGGAGGCGGCGAGAGAUACAACAUUCCAAUUUCCCACCCUGAACGCCCCAAGAAGAACCAUCAGCUUGGCAAGGCCAAGCAGAGAAGCCGCGACCAGACCGGAGGCGCGGCAGCGUCCGCGGCAGGAGCAGGGGGCCUCCAUCAUCACGGCCUCCGCCGGAGCGACAAAGGCGCUGCCUACCACAGGUCUCCAGAGGCGCGGCAGGCCGUGUCCGCUGAGAAGAGUGCUUCUGUCCGUUUUGCCGACAGCUAUGAUCAAAACUGGGAGGGCGCGGUGUCUCACCUUAACACGCUCCUGUCAACACAGGGCAGCCCGAGCUACGCAGGGCCCAAGUUCAGUGAGCCACCCUCACCCAGUGUGUUGCCCAAACCUCCCAGUCACUGGGUGUCUUUCCCGAUGGGGCCCUGUGACCACAGGGAGAUGAUGGCCUUCCAGCUCAAGAGCCUCUUAAAGGUGCAGGCUUAGCUAAAUACCCACACUUCAUUUAAAUAGAGCCAAUACAUAGACUGGGACUCUGUUGAGGCAUUUUCUUGCCAGGAAUGCCUCAAAGCUGUAAUAAACUUCUUUUUUUUUGGCCAACAUCAACCUAAGUCAAUCAAAAAUAUGUCAUUUAUUACAGUUUUGUUGCAUUGCUGGUUAGUGAUGCUUAUAGUGGAGCCAGUUUCUGUGACUGACAAACUGGAUUCCUUUUACUUCUGUUUUGUUUUGUUCUUUUUAUUGUUGGCUUUUAAUGCAGAUUGAGUGCUUCUUUCCUCCCCAUAUCAGGGUCGUACUUUAGGUCAGGUAAAGCCCGUUACUUUUAUGGUCCAUUUCUGUGGACAGACAAUAAUUUUGUUGAAGGUUGAGCUUUGGAUUGAUAUCCAAAGAUUCAGGUGCUAAAGCAAGUUCACAUUUGUAGUUUUUUUUUUUUUUUUUUUUUGGUGCCCCUUUAUGGUUUUAGCUUUUCCGUUGUUUUGAAAUGGAAAAAGGCACUCAACUGCAGUUCUGCAAGGAAAAAGCUUUUGUAUUGGAUAUGAGCUAGUGGUUAAGUUCAGGUUGAAAGAUAACCUCGAUGGUUAGUAAGAGACCAUAGCACAUGGACUUCGGACCACCAACUCCUGUACCCCUUUUUUAUUGCGCUGUGCGCAGAUGCACUAUAGGAGUUGAGUGCCUGAAAGUCCGCAACACUCUUAUCAUAGCAUUAUUUUGUACGAGUCCGUAUUAUUGUGGCUGAAAAGUGUUUGAAGCACUGUGUGUAACCAAAGCUAUGUUGAACUGUUUAUUUUAAYGAAUUUUUCAACACCCUCUUUAUGGUUGGCAUAGUUUCCACUCCGUUUAUCUUGCCAGCCUUGAUGGUGAACAGAUUAYUACGCAGCUGUUCGUUUGUUUCAAUCAGUACUGUUACUCUCCCCCAGCUUCUGCCUCCUCAGGACAGAGCUGCAGCUUUAACAUGCGGAAGUGGGCCCUGCUCGCACGGUGGGGUCCAGUUGGCUGCAUGCAUCUGUCUGGAGGAAGGCAGAACCGAGGAGCUUUUCUGGAGGGAAGUGGCCCAAGGGGCUUAAAAUUUGGAUACUUGAUAAGAGGUUGUUGUUGACCAAUUCCGUCUUCGACUGACCGUCUGAUACUUUGUACCCCUGUUAGCCUCUUGUUGCUGCUCAUUGUUUACCCUCCUGCACUGCAAUCAAGACUUUUCACCCCGAAUAACAGGCCAAGAUGCUAUGGAAAGUGGUGAAGAUGCAAUGGACUAUCUUAUGAAUUCUUUUUUAUUUUUGUGAUUCAGUCCUCUAUUGUCGUUUUCUCUUUGCAGAAUUGAAGCUGCUUCUCGCCAGCAUAAAACUAACAAAACGAAGAGAUAGUUAUUGUGUUCAAGAGCCAUGUAAAUAACGAAAYGUUUAAAGUACUUGUAGCAUAUGUACAUUUGCAGGCCGAGUUCGAUGCCUGYACGACAAAAAGUAUUUUUAGUAAUAACGAUGAAUGUAUGACAUGCUAAGGACAUGUCUUCAAUAUAAAAGAAUAUUUUUGUUAAAAAAACAAAAAAAAUCCCUGCCAAAUAGCAUUCAGUACCCCUGCACUGUUAUCUUUACGAAGAUCUUGCACAUGUUUUUAUUGUUUUUGUAUGACACAGUGCAGGGUGAAGGAUGCUAUGUGCAUUUUUGAUAAAUUGCUUUAAAACAAAUUGGAUUCGAGGAGACUUGCACAUGUAGAUUUGAGUUUGACAUUCUYGCAACUUUUAUAAGCUGACUUUUUGUGCCUGAGUUGAAACUUUUUUUUUUGCUGACUUCAUUCGGUACCUAUCACCAAAACCUUGUCCCUUUUCACCCCUCAGCUGUUCUUCCGCCAGCUGACAGGUGGAUUGCUGUUUUAAGUACUGCCUUUCGUUGUUUUUCCUUACCCAGGUUGGAUUGUGCAUGGCAAUGUCUCCUUCUAAAUUUUUAAGCGAAAAAAUUGGCUGCUAAUUUGUCCCUCUGAAACAGUCACCGUUUAUUUAAAGAUGUGCCCCCAUUUUAAAUUGGUAUCGAUUGGUAUUCAAAAAUGUAAUAGAAUGUGCUAUAACUUGAUCAUAAAAUAAGAAAAAAAAAUAAAUCCCUUCCCUUACCCCCCUA